AUGGAGGGCGUGUCGCCGCUGGAGCGGUACCUGGAGAGCUGCAGCGAGCAGGAUGACUUCUCCACUAGUCCUCAUCUGUUCACUCCUAUGAGCCCUUAUGAUUUAGAACUUCCAAUUCAAGCAUCUUCCCAGUUAAGUCAGUCCAAGGAGCUCCACACAGACUUCUCCUCUGUGGACCUCAGCUUUCUCCCAGAUGUCACCCAAGAUAACAAAGAAGAAAACCUCUCUGAGGAUGGUCAGGAAACCCAAAAAGAGCUUGAGGGGUCACUCUCAAGUAAGGAGGACAGUGGUGUUUUCAUGGAUGAGAGCAGCUUGUCACAUCCAGGUGCAGCUCAGCCAUCUCCUGAAGCUCCUGCUGUGUGUCCUCCGAUGACUCCGAUCACCCCGGAGACAUCUGCCUCAGAAAGUUCUGGAAUAGUCCCCCAGCUGCAGAAUAUCGUGUCAACUGUAAACUUGGCUUGUAAACUGGAUCUGAAGAACAUAGCUCUGCAUGCCAGAAAUGCAGAGUAUAACCCAAAGAGGUUUGCUGCUGUGAUCAUGAGAAUCAGGCAACCACGAACAACAGCCCUCAUCUUCAGUUCAGGAAAAAUGGUCUGCACAGGAGCAAAAAGUGAAGAGCAGUCGAGGCUGGCAGCCAGGAAAUACGCACGGGUGGUGCAGAAGCUCGGCUUCCCUGCCAAGUUCUUGGACUUCAAGAUCCAGAAUAUGGUGGGGAGCUGUGAUGUGAGGUUUCCCAUCCGCCUGGAGAGCCUGGUUCUCACCCACCAGCAGUUCAGCAGCUAUGAACCUGAACUAUUCCCUGGCCUGGUUUAUAGGAUGGUCAAACCAAGGAUAGUGCUGCUUAUCUUUGUGUCUGGGAAAGUUGUACUGACUGGAGCAAAAGACCGUUCUGAACUCUAUGAGGCAUUUGAGAACAUCUACCCCAUUUUAAGAGGUUUCAAGAAACCAUCGUGA